AAAAAAAGUUAUUUAUAUGCCUCAUCUUCCCCUAUUGAUAAAAACAUUGUCAACAAAAGAAAGACAAAUAACAAAAAAAAAUAAUGGAGAUUAGCAAAUUUCUGGCCGUAGUUGUAGCCGUCGUAGUCCUCUACUCCGUGCAGGCAACAGCACAAGGAGGAAACCCUCAGACGAUGGCUUGCGUGCAAAAAUUGGUGCCGUGUCAGCCGUACAUACACACGGUGAAUCCGUCUCCUCCGCCAUCGUGUUGCGGGCCAAUGAAAGAGAUCGUAGAGAAAGAUGCACCGUGUUUAUGCGCCGUUUUUAACAACCCGGAGAUGCUCAAAGCCCUAAACCUCACCAAAGAGAACGCUCUCGUGCUUCCCAAGGCAUGUGGAGUUAAUCCUGACGUUUCAGUCUGCUCCAAAAUCGCCUCUCCUUCGCCUACUGCGACGCCGGGAUCAACCAAUGGAACCUCUUCCGCUUCAACUAUCAGCUUCAAUCGAUUUAGCUUUCUAAUUUUCGGUGUAGUCACCAUCGUCGUCAUUCUCUACUCCGUGCAAGUUACAGCACAAUUAUUCGGAGAUGUGCAACAGGCAAUGCGAUGUGUAUCAAAACUGUUGCCAUGUCAACCGUACAUUCACUUGUCGAUUCCUCCGCCGCCGUGGUGUUGCAAUCCGAUGAAACAGAUCGCUGAGAAAGAUGUGUCGUGUCUAUGCACCGCCUUCAAACAUCCAGACUUGCUUAGGUUCCUUGCUCUCACCAAAGAGAACGCUCUUAAUCUCCUUAACUCAUGUGGUAUUAAUCAUGAUUUGUCACAGUGCAACAAGAUUAAUCCUUCUUCACCUGCUGCGUUGCCUGAAGCUGCGACCAGCGGGAAUUCUGGCAGCACCAAGAAAAAUGCAGCUCUAUCCAUCAGUUUUUUGGGAUUUAGCUUUGUAUAUGCUUUUCUCGGGAUGAUCUUCUUUUGAUUUUUCUUUGUAAUUCUCAGAAAUAUGUUUUAUGUAACUUUUUUUUGAAUUACCUAACAAUUUUUCCAGUGUUAUCGUCUGCUAAAUUUACUAAGCACCAAUCAACUUAGAAAGACCUA